UCCCCGAGGAGGCCCUGCCGGCCGUGAGGGCCGCCCGCCCGGUCCCCGCGUGCGUGCCCUGCGCCCCCGCCGCCCGCCCCCGAUGCACCCCAGCGCGCCCAUCGGCUCCCUCUUCUCCUUCACCAGCCCGGCCGUGAAGCGGCUGCUGGGCUGGAAGCAGGGCGAUGAGGAGGAGAAGUGGGCGGAGAAGGCGGUGGACUCGCUGGUGAAGAAGCUGAAGAAGAAGAAGGGGGCCAUGGACGAGCUGGAGCGCGCCCUCAGCUGCCCGGGGCAGCCCAGCAGGUGCGUGACCAUCCCGCGCUCCCUGGACGGGCGGCUGCAGGUGUCCCACCGCAAGGGCCUGCCGCACGUCAUCUACUGCCGCGUGUGGCGCUGGCCCGACCUGCAGUCGCACCACGAGCUGAAGGCGCUGGAGUGCUGCGAGUUCCCCUUCGGCUCCAAGCAGAAGGAGGUGUGCAUCAACCCCUACCACUACCGCCGCGUGGAGACGCCCGUGCUGCCGCCGGUGCUGGUGCCGCGACACAGCGAGUACAACGCGCAGCUGAGCCUGCUGGCCAAGUUCCGCAGCGCCUCCCUGCACAGCGAGCCCCUGCUGCCGCACAACGCCACCUACCCCGACUCCUUCCAGCAGCCGCCCUGCGCCGCGGGCCGGCCCUCGCCGGGGCCGCCGUUCCCGCCGUCGCCGUGCGCCGCCGGCUUCCCGCAGUCCCCCGGGAGCCCCUCGGAGCCCGGCAGCCCCUACCCGCACUCAGACCUGCGGCCCGUCUGCUAUGAGGAGCCACAGCACUGGUGCUCGGUGGCCUACUACGAGCUGAACAGCCGCGUCGGGGAGACCUUCCAGGCCGCCUCGCGCAGCGUGCUGGUCGACGGCUUCACCGACCCGUCCAGCAGCCGGAGCCGCUUCUGCCUGGGGCUGCUGUCCAACGUGAACCGGAACUCCACCAUCGAGAACACCCGGCGGCACAUCGGCAAGGGCGUGCACCUGUACUACGUCGGCGGCGAGGUCUACGCCGAGUGCGUGAGCGACAGCAGCAUCUUCGUGCAGAGCCGGAACUGCAACUACCAGCACGGCUUCCACCCGGCCACCGUCUGCAAGAUCCCCAGCGGCUGCAGCCUCAAGAUCUUCAACAACCAGCUCUUCGCCCAGCUGCUCGCCCAGUCGGUCCACCACGGCUUCGAGGUCGUCUACGAGCUGACCAAGAUGUGCACCAUCCGCAUGAGCUUCGUGAAGGGCUGGGGCGCCGAGUACCACCGCCAGGACGUGACGAGCACGCCCUGCUGGAUCGAGAUCCACCUGCACGGGCCGCUGCAGUGGCUGGACAAGGUGCUGACCCAGAUGGGCUCCCCGCACAACCCCAUCUCCUCCGUGUCCUAACAGCCGCCCCCACCCCGGUCCCGCGGAGCAGACGCCGCCGCAGCCCGCGGCCGGCAGGUGGCCGAGCACGUGUAUCAAUCCUGCGCACCACACGAACUGCUCACCGACUUUGUCACCGUCGCCGUUGCUUUGGGGCUUGCUAGUUAACCGGACGCCAGCGCCGCGCGACAGGAAGGGAGGCGCUUGGGCCUGGGAGCCGCAGAGCCGCGUCUGUCUGCGGGCGGAAGCGGAGGGAGGCCGCCCGGGCCGCAGGGUGCGGGGUGUUUGCGGGGCGCAGGGCGGGAAGGGCGUGGUGUGUGGCCCGCCGGAGACGCGCCAAGACUGUCCGCGUAGCAAAGGCCAGGCCCCAGCAGCGCCGGAGCAAAGGACGCUUUCAGACAAAGCAAAGCGAUCCAGCUCGCGUAAUUGAAAUGAUCUCACCUUUAGUGCUAUCAGCGAGAAAAAAAAUAAUCAAGCUAGUACAAUCGGUUAUGUAAGAGAAGCCACAUCAGCUUUAUGUCUGAAGUGGAGAUGCUUACAGCUGGACGGUUGUGCUGACCUUCACGGUUCCUUUGAAACAGAGUUGAGCUGCGGUCGGAGAAGAAAAACUGUGACGCGUCAGGUACGUUGCCUCCUAACCGCCCACUGCAAACGAGUCAAACGGCAAGUGCAGUGUGGCCCGACGAGGAGGGAAACGGCGUGGAAGGAGGUCCACUCCCAAACUGCAGGGCGAGACCCGCCCUAGUCCCAGAGCCUGUGGCCUCGGUCCCCUCACCUGUCGGCAAAUGUUCAUUGCUCACAGGUCGCCGGAACGAUGCCGAGGCCCGGGAGAAAACCGAGGCCCGCGGCUGGGGCCCAGUCUGUGAAUGAUAUAACUCCCUGCCUCUGCAGGGCGGACUGCCUGCGGCUGGAGUCUGGCAGCCCCUGACAAAGCCGAAGUCUCGUCCUGGGGAACACCUUCCCCAGGAGAGCGAUACUAAUUUUGUGAUCUCUGUCAUUGCUGGAGAACAGUGGUACUGAAUAACUGGACAUUUUUUAAAAAUGCACAUUAAAGUCAUGUUCUUGUUUGUCUUUGGGCCAUAAAGAGGAAAGGUCCCCAAAUUUCCAGGUACUCUCGUCUAGGUAUAUGUAUUAUAAGCUCCACCUACUAAACAUUGUAUUGCUUGGAAAACUAUUGCACAGCCUCUUAAAAAUGUAUAAUUUAAGAAAGCAAUUACGCCUGUAGCAGAUGGUACUUCCGUGAUUCAAGAGGUGUCUUCACUCACACAUUCUGUCUCGGCUCUUCCUGGCGACAGUGCCCACCGCAGGUGCUUCUCCGCACCUUGCACUGCAGGUAGAGAGGCGCGUGUGGAAAAGACAGGGGUGAGCCGCCAGCGUCGCCUCUCUAACGACCAGUGUGCCUGCCAGGAGCGUUCCUGUGCGCGAUGGGCGAUACCGCAUUUCACAGGAAGACUGGGCGGCCUGUUUAGUGCCUAGAAACCCCCGCAGGUCACUGGUUCGUGUGCUGUGGGCGGCGCACCUGUGUGUCCCAGGUGCAGCGCCAGGGGCUGUGGCGUCUACUGUAAGCGAGGGACAGCCAGCCCCCUGGGGCUCGGGGUCUGACAGGGACCCUGUUUGUGUGGCCGUCUCCAGGCUCCAGAGCUGCAAAGCAAAGCAAAACACGCCACCUUUCUGCAGCCUGAAGAAUGCCACUGAUUUCUCAAUCACCUCUGUUUGGGAACCGACCUCCCCCCUCUUCCGAGCACGCAGGUAAAGAGUGGGGGCUUCCUUGGAUGAAUGCUGCUUUUCUUCCGUGUCCCCAGCGGUUCUCCUCCUCCCCUUGCGUCUCUUUCCCAGCAACCUUCCGCCCCCCUUUUCCUCGGGAGGGGCGAGAACACGGGGACCCUCCCUCCCACGAGCGCGGUUCUGCGAGAGAGCGGCCGGUUCGCCUGGCGUCCGACCCAGAGCGCAAGCCCACUUUCCGGAUCGAAAUCCCCCUCCAGUGUUCUCGCACCUCCCGGAACUCAGCAGCGCUGGUGGCUCACAAGGGACGUUGUAAACCCUGUGAUUCCCACGCAGCGUUGGGAGCCCAGGACAAAAUGUCCCAGCGCACCUGAGUCACCUGUUUGACAAGUAGAGGACGGAAGCGGUACACGGGCCUGGCCAGCGGCCAAGGUCUCACCAGAAGCCGGGGUUCGGGUCUGCGUCAGGCCCGGAGGGGUCAGAGUUGAGGGAACGAAUCCUUCAGUCAUCAUGACAAGGUCACGUUUCAGUCGGCCUUUUUGAAUGAUUGUUUUUACUGGGAAAAGCCGUCGGAUGCUGUAAUGCACUGUUUGGUUUCAGACUUAAAUGUGGGAUCAUUUGCAUUCAUUCCUUGAAGGAGACCAUC